AUGGCAGACCUAUCAACGGUCACAGGUUUCGACCCUCCUCAGGAACCGCAGGCUCAGAUCCAAGUUUUCACCCCAACAAGCAUCGCCGUUGCGAACAUCCAGUAUUCUCGCCCCUCUCCCGUGAAGGUCGCUCGAAGAUUUACAACUCCCUUCAUGCUCUGGUCCAUCUCUGCCAUUGCUGACAUCGGUGCGAUACUGACGGAAAUGGGCCAGCAGGCGGCAAAUGUUGUGCGCUACAGCCGUCCUUACUCGAUCCCGCCCAGCGAUCCUGUUCUGCCGCUCCAAUUCGGUCUCUUCAAGGACUGGGAUACUCAGCUCUUUGAUCUCUCGCUCCGCACCUUCCAACUUGGCAAACGCAUCCUCGAUGGCAAUGUUGCCUUUCACCAUCUGCUCAAGAUAUGUGCCACUUGCCGACGUAAUCCUCCCGACGCAUUCUUCCCGACCUCCAUGUCCCGAGUUUAUCUCAACGCCUUCAUCCAAAUGUGCGCAUUGCCAGCGCAGGGGCGCAAGUCCUCGUCUGUCACGCAGUCACCAUUGACGAAUACAAAGAUGCUCACACUCAUGCGGACUUCAGUCUCUGGAGUCUCUAGCCUGUCGUGUGCGUUAGGUGCAGCGUUGUCUGCCGUCGGAAAAGCCUCAUCGGUCGCAGAGCGGUAG